GCGUCGCAGUGUGGGUAGUUUGAGUGAUUUUCCCCAAUCCUUGGUGUUCUUUCUAGAUUAUAUAAAUAACCCAUCUCGUUCUUCGUUUCCCACGAUUGAUUCCUUGGAAUUUUUCCAUUUUAACUUUGAUUUCAAUGGAGGCUUCGAUUUCGUUUGUGGGUUCAAAACCCAACCUUUCGCCUCAUCUUCCUUCCUCUUCGGACACCGUUCUUCGUCGUCGUCGGCGAGAUUUCCCGCUUUCUAGUUUGAAAUUCGGAAACUUGUCGGUGUUGCCGCGAAUUUCAGCCCGGAACUACCCGACCAGAGUUCGAUGCUCCGACGGAAUGGAUGAGACCGACGACGGUUUUGUUAUAGAGGACGUUCCUCACUUGACAGAUUUUCUCCCUGAUUUACCGCUGUAUCCAAAUCCUUUGAAGAAAAGCCAAGCAUAUGCAAUUGUCAAGCGAACUUUUGUGAGGCCCGAAGAUAUGGUUGCCCAAAAUAUUGUAGUCCAGAAGGGCAGUAAGCGUGGAGUACAUUUCCGACGUGCAGGACCUCGAGAAAAAGUUUACUUCACAGCAGAGGAAGUAAGAGCUUGCAUUGUGACUUGUGGAGGAUUAUGUCCUGGAAUAAACACAGUCAUACGGGAAAUCGUAUGUGGAUUGAACUACAUGUAUGGAGUCGAUGACAUUCUUGGCAUUGAGGGAGGAUAUAGAGGCUUUUACUCCAAAAACGCCAUGAAACUGACACCUAAAGUGGUCAACGAUAUCCAUAAACGUGGUGGCACCUUUCUUCAAACUUCACGAGGAGGGCAUGAUACAGCAAAGAUUGUCGAUAACAUUCAAGAUAGAGGAAUAAACCAAGUCUACAUUAUUGGAGGUGAUGGGACGCAAAGGGGGGCAGCAAAAAUAUACGAGGAAGUUGAGAAACGCGGUCUUCAAGUGGCGGUUGCUGGUAUCCCCAAGACAAUUGAUAACGACAUUGCUGUUAUCGACAAAUCAUUUGGCUUUGAUACUGCUGUUGAGGAAGCACAAAGGGCUAUUAAUGCUGCACAUGUAGAGGUUGAGAGCGUCGAAAAUGGAAUAGGAAUAGUUAAACUCAUGGGAAGAUAUAGUGGUUUCAUAGCUAUGUUCGCUACUUUGGCAAGCCGUGACGUGGAUUGUUGCUUGAUUCCCGAGUCUCCGUUCUUUCUCGAAGGCAAAGAUGGGCUGUUUGAGUUUAUCAGCCAACGACUGAAAGAGAACGGGCACAUGGUUAUUGUGAUAGCUGAAGGGGCCGGACAGGAUUACGUUGCUCAAAGCAUGCGUGCAACUGAAGAGAAAGACGAGUCUGGAAACAGGCUCUUGCUUGAUGUUGGUCUAUGGUUGACUCAACAGAUUAAGGAUCAUUUUGCAAAUGCUCGGAAAAUGGCAAUAAAUAUGAAGUACAUAGAUCCAACGUAUAUGAUACGAGCUGUACCAAGUAAUGCAUCAGACAACAUCUAUUGCACUCUUCUUGCCCAGAGUGCCGUUCACGGGGCAAUGGCUGGGUUCACUGGUUUCACAGUAGGACCCGUUAACAGCAGACAUGCAUAUAUCCCGAUAUCGCAGGUGACUGAGACAACCAAUAAGGUGAAGUUAACGGACAGGAUGUGGGCAAGGCUUCUCGCAUCAACAAAUCAACCGAGUUUCUUGAAGUGUGAUGCUGCUUUGCCAAAACAGGUUGAUGGGGAAACCCGAGAAGUUAUCGACUGCACGAAGGUCUCAUCUACUUAGAAACAGGUCAGUUCAGUGUCACCCUACCAAACAUAUAGUGAAAUAUGGCUGGAAAAGCUAUCUCGUCCCGAGAUUUCGAGAACUCUUAUUUGUUCAUCUUGAUUUAAUAAAGUAUCUUUGGUUGUAAGAAUUUUUGUUUUCAUAGAUUUUCCAUCCUAGAAGCCUCCAAUUUCCAAGAUUUACAUGUGUUGCUUCUAAAAUAAAUACAUAGAUCUCGUAUUGGCUUCACUAUUCUUCUGUUUAUUCCGGUUUCAUAUAAAGAACCUGAAACUUGAAUCCGGUUAAGAGGUUCGGUGUGGUUUACCACUUGACCACCUCGGCAAUGAAGAGAACAACAUAUGUAUAGGAAUAUCUAUGUUCUUCUCUUUUGAUUUUGCAAUUUCGUGCA